AAAAAAAUAUUGGACAACAGAUUUUUGUCCAUUAUGGAUAUGCUGAUGUUGGUUCGAUUCAUGGAGAUAUUUCAAAGGCACAAAUAUUAAGAUCACCAGAUGAAAAGCAAGUUGCAGUAUCAUUACCUCAAAAACCUAAGAAAGCAGUCAAACUACGAUUACAACAAAGAUCAAACAGCCUUCUCACUGUUGAGCCUUGUAUUCAAGAGAAUUCAUUACUUCAGUCAGAAUCAGCCGAAGGUUCAAAUAUUCACCAGCAACUUAUUACCGCUCAAAAAGCUAUUUUUGAAGGAGAGUUAUUUGACCAAUUGAUACGAGAAGCACGUAAUAUACCUGGUAUCACGUUAGUUGAGAAUGAAAUAUUCGUUCAGAUAUAUGAAGGUGUGGAUUUAACGAUUCAAUGGGCUAAUAUUGACUCUAUUAAAGAGGCUCCAUCUUCAGAUGAUGCAUGGACUUCAGAAACAGAUAAUUUUGAUAUGACAAUUUCUCCUGAAUCAUCCACACCAUUCACGUGUACCGUAUUAAAAUUAGCAAUGGAUCUUUUAUUGAGGAGAUGUCAUCGAAUACAACUGCUUAAGAAACAGGAACGCGUAUUAAAUUGGACUAGAGGGACGCCUAGAGAAAGUUCUGGCGCUCAAAUCCUCAACCAGGUUAUUCAUCUGCUUAAGUAUUAUUUCUUUUGCAAACAUAUACGAGAUAUUGUAAAAGCUUCUACACGUGCAUUGAGUAGUGGUGGAGUACCUGUACAAAUUCAUUUUAUUUCUAACCUUGCUAAAGGUAAAGAUUUGAUCGAUGAUAUAUGGAAAAAGAUUGGAAAAGAUAAAAUUUUUCUUUUUUCUGUCGUGUUUUCAUUUUUCAAAAGACAUAGUAUUCGAUUCACCUUGGAAUCACCAACGUCAGUGAUCGUUCAUCUGCCUCAUGGUGACAUAAGAACACGUGGUCAUGCCCAAUUUCAAGAUUUGGUUUCAAGGGAAAUCAUAUUAUUACUGCUAAGAAUUAUUCAUGAGCAAUUAAUAUAUUUAACUGGUUUGGAUAAUGUAGUGUCAGGUGAAGGUAACUGGUGUGUGGAUGUAGCGUUAUUACUUAUAUACAAAGAUAUACCACCUAUAAUUUCAGAAUCUUCUGUUCAAGAGGUCACACAAGAUAAAUGGUCAAAAUCUUUGUGGAAACGUCCUAUUAAAAUAUCAAUUGUUAACGGUCAACCUUCACCAGAUAAGUUGACGGUGAAAAUAGAUGCUUUUGGAAUAAGCAAAGGACCUGAGCUAGUUAUUGGUGGCAAUGAAGGAAAACAUAUUAGAAAAGAAUUUGGAGAAAUUAUUUAUGAAUUUUUAAUUAGUCUAAU